CAUGAGGCUUCAAAAACGGGUCGUUUGUCUGGUUCUGCAGCCACAGAAGAAAAAAAAGUGCAAUCAACCACAGAAUCAUUUUCAUGUUUGCAGUUGCUGAGUGCAGACAGGUGGAACCUCUGGCGGCCUCCCAAAGUGGUCCCUGGUGAUACCGCUCAUGGUUUCUAUAUCUGAGUCUGUUCUACUCGUGAGCCCUGCUCACUUGAACCAACCACAAGUGAGCCCACCCAUUUUGCAACUUUUUCACGCUGUCUCUCAAGUCUCACAUCUCUUGUUUGUCUCCGCCGCCUUUGAAUCAACACCCUCUGACGACUUCUGGAGGACAUUCCAGACCCUCAGGCAUUUUUUUGUAUUAAGUUACUGAAAGAGCACUGUAGCUAUGGAUGCUAGGGCUAAGGAUGGACAUCCCUUUGUGUAUGUGGUGGACAGCCACGCCGGCCUGCCUCCAGUCCCACCCAGGCUGAGACCGAAGCGACGAAGGGCAGGGGCGGCACAGACCCUGCUGUUCCUGCUGGUCGUCGUGGCGCUGUGUGGCAUGGCCCUAGAGGCCUGCUUCCUCUACCACCUCUACACACUUGAACCUGCUGCCUCAGCAUCCUCCUCUCAGCUCACUGGAGGGGAAGAAGGAACUUCUCCCACUGACUGGCCCAGCUAUGAUGUCCUUCCUUCCAAACCAGUUGCACAUCUGACAGAUGGACAAGAUGUAGUUCAUGGACAACAGAUCAUGUCAUGGAGCCAGACCGCAAACCCCAUCUGCUACGGAAUGGAAUACAGAAACGGAAGUCUCAUCAUUCAGAAGGAGGGUUUUUACUAUGUCUAUUCAAAGGUCUUCUUCAGAAAUGGUGGUCCAUUUCACCACACCGUUGACAAGAAUACUGAAAGGUAUAGUCAAAAAAGCAUUACCCUGCUGAUGUCCAGGACAUACUCCACAAAGACUGAGAGCAACAGUUACUUGGGUGGAGUGUUUCUCCUUUACAAAGACGAUGCUCUGUGUGUGAAAGUCAGCAACCCAGCAAGAAUUAAGCGCCACCAUUCCUAUGAGAACAUCUUUGGCGCCUUCAUGAUAUAAACAUCGCAUUGAACAUCGCCGUCCCAAUCGCCACAAAGCUAAAAGUUCGGAGUUUAAUCUCUGAAUGUUACGUGUCUUGUCGCCGAGAGAAACUUUGAUAUAUUGUUCGGUCUUUCCAAUUUUCAUCUCGCUACUGAAUUUAAGCAUCAAAAGUACAAACAUUUCUUAUCACUCUUGCUGUAAAAUACACUGCGCACUAUUAAUUUAUUAUUCCUUCAGUGGUAGAUUGAAUGACUGCUGUAAUUACGCUGUAUUUUUUUUUUGUACGACAAUGUACGACUGUUUAUCAUGUUAAUAAACAGACAAUCAUUCAA